GAUGUGACAUCAGCCUGACCGUCCAGUUAUUUUAACGACGAAAACACGUACGCGUGCUGAAGUUGGAUGGACAUUGAUAAUAAUGAUAUUCAGAAGUAUAUAGACGGUGAACGCAUGUGAAGCCUUUAUUGACUCGACUGGUUACACAGGUUUACAGCAGACUGGCGCGUGCCCUGCACACGUCAAAGACCGUGCGCAUGUCAAUGGGUGCGCUGCGUGCAGUAUAGAGAGGGGAUGUUGACGUUUGGCUAGCAUGAUGAUAGAUAGCGUUUCAAACAUCAACUAGCUAGCUUGACUAAUCCUGCAUAUUUGAUUGUGUGUUUAUCAUGGAAGGUCCUCCAUUGCUCUCCAGUGAAAGUGCAACAUAACUACGUGAUUAUAAUUACUUGUGUACGUUGUCCAUCCUGACAAUGGGAUGCAUCAGAGUCUACCUGCAGAAGAUGAGGCACAGGAUGAAGCUGGACCUAUUGCGAGAACUGGGCCGCCAGUAUCCAGUCUUCUGCUUCCUUCUACUUGUCUUGCUCUUAUCCACUGUUUUGUUGAACAGAUAUCUGCACAUUAUUAUGGUUUUCUGGUCGUUCCUGGCUGGCGUUGUCACAUUCUACUGCUCUCUUGGCCCAGAGACUCUGUUGCCUAAUAUCUUACUGUCUAUAAAGCCAAAGACCAAGCAGGACCAACAAGAGUUGUUUCCCUUGGGUCACAGCUGUGCAGUCUGCGGGAAAAUAAAGUGUAAAAGGCACAGACCAACAUUACUAUUGGAGAACUAUCAACCAUGGCUGGACUUGAAAGUUCCCUCCAAAGUGGAUGCCUCUCUAUCAGAGGUUCUGGAACUGGUUCUUGAAAACUUUGUGUAUCCCUGGUAUAGGGAUAUCACAGACGAUGAGGCGUUUGUGGAUGAGCUGAGAGUGACUCUGCGUUUUUUUGCCGCUGUGCUCGUACGUCGAACUCAAAAGGUUGAUAUCCCAGGUCUUAUCACGGCCAAACUGCUUAAAGUUUCCAUGAAGCACAUUGAAAUAAUAACCAAAGCAAGGCAAAAAGUGAAGAACGCUGAGUAUCUGCAGCAAGCAGCACUGGAGGAGUACGGCCCUGACCUGCACGUGGCACUACGCAGUCGCAGAGACGAGCUCCUCUACCUCAGGAAGUUGACUGAGAUGCUCUUCCCCUAUAUUUUGCCCCCCAAAGCCUGUGACUGCAGAUCGCUUACUCUUCUGAUAAGAGAGGUGUUGGCUGGCUCUGUUUUCCUCCCCGCCUUGGACUACCUGGCUGAUCCUGACACCGUGAACCAUUUGCUUCUCAUAUUCAUCGACAACUCUCCUCCCGAGGCCGCCAUGGAGCCCAGCUCAACCUUGGUUCACUUCCUGCACAAGUACUCUGACGUUCGCAACAAGAAGCCCUCUGUGCUGAAGCUGGAGCUGAAGGAGAUCAGGGAGCAGCAGGACCUGCUCUUCCGCUUCAUGAACUUCCUCAAGCAGGAGGGGGCCGUGCACGUUCUCCAGUUCUGCCUCACUGUGGAGGAAUUCAACGACAAGAUCCUAUGUCCGGAGCUGUCGGACUCUGAGAUGCUGACGCUCCACGAGGAGGUGAAGAAGAUCUACGAGACCUACUGCCUGGACGAGAGCAUCGACAAGAUCCGUUUUGAUCCCUUCAUUGUAGAGGAGAUAAAAAAUAUUGCUGAGGGCCCUUAUGCCGGGGUGGUGAAGCUGCAGACCAUGCGCUGCCUGUUCGAGGCCUACGAGCAUGUCCUGUCCCUGCUGGAGAACGUCUUCACCCCCAUGUUCUGCCACAGCGACGAGUAUUUCAGGCAACUGUUGAGGGGGGCCGAAUCCCCCGCCAGGAACUCUAAACUGAGCAGCUCCUGGGAGUGGGACUAUGCCCAGAGCCCUGAGUCCCCGUCCAGCACCCCUGGUUCCUCCUCACCUGCAUCCGUUAACCACCACCUUCAUGUCCAGUCCAUUGUAGCCCUUCCAUCCGGCUCUUAUGGCUGUCUAACCUCACGCCCUGGCUCGCUGAAGAACACCUCGAAGCGGGGCGAGUCGUUUGGGAUCAGCCGCAUCGGCAGCAAGAUCAAGGGGGUGUUCAAGAGCACCACCAUGGAGGGAGCCAUGUUGCCCUCUUACGGACUGGUGGAGGGAGAGGAUGACAUGUCUGUGGAUGGGCUCUGUCAGGUGGAAGAGGCCAUGAUGGUUCUGGAGGAUGACUCCCCCAUGGAGGCCGUCAGUACCCCCAGCACCCCUCGCAAUCUCUCAGCCUGGACCAUCACCAUCCCCUACAUAGACUUCUUCGAUGAUGACAUCAAGAGGGAGAGGAUCCCCGUGUUCUGUAUCGACGUGGAGCGCAACGACAGGAAGGCUGUGGGUCAUGAGACUGAGCACUGGUCUGUGUACAGAAGAUAUCUGGAAUUCUAUGUCCUUGAAUCAAAACUCACUGAGUUUCAUGGCUCAUUCCCAGACGCCCAGCUGCCUUCCAAAAGAAUCAUCGGCCCCAAGAACUAUGAGUUCCUGACCUCCAAGCGGGAGGAGUUCCAGGAGUACCUCCAGAAACUGCUCCAACACCCUGAGCUGAGCAACAGUCAGCUGCUAGCAGACUUCCUCUCCCCUCACAGUAUGGACUCUCAGUUUGUGGACAAGAUGCUCCCUGAUGUCAAUCUAGGGAAGAUCAUCAAAUCGGUGCCCAGUAAACUGAUAAAAGAAAAAGGGCAGCAUUUGGAGCCAUUCCUCAAUUCCUUCUUUAACUCCUGUGAAUCGCCCAAGCCCAAACCCAGCCGGCCAGAGCUGACCAUCCUCAGUCCCACGUCAGAGAAUGAUAAGAAGCUCUUCAAUGAACUAUUCAAGAACAAUGCCAACCGAUCAGAGAGCACGGAGAAGAAACAUAACCAGAACUACUUCAUGGAGAUGAUCACUGUGGAAGGAGUGUAUGACUACUUGAUGUUUGUGGGUCGAGUGGUCUUUCACAUCCCUGAUUGGCUGCACCAUCUGCUGAUGGGCGGGAGGAUCCUGUUAAAGAACACCCUGGAGGCGUACACAGACCACUACCUGCAGCAUAAACUGGACAAGGUGUUCCAGGAGCACCGCCUCAUUUCUCUCAUCACCCUGCUCAGAGAUGCUGUGUUCUGUGAAAACAGUGAGCCACGCUCCUUGGCAAAUAAGCAGAAAAGGGCCAAGAAGACCUUUGAGGAAAUGAUGAAAUACAUUCCAGAAUUCCUGGGCAAGUGUAUUGGAGAAGAGGCCAGGUACGAGGGGGUCCGCCUGCUCUUCGAUGGACUACAACAGCCUGUUCUUAACAAACAGUUGACCUAUGUCUUACUGGACCUGGCUCUUCUAGAACUGUUUCCUGAACUGAACAAGCAGCCGGGACAGAAGGAGACUCCUAACAUGGCUCCAUGGAUGUAGCAAGAGGAUGGGGACUCACUUUAGUCUUUGCUUUAUCUGUUGCAUGUGCAAUAGACUGUGUACAUACAGCACUUAAACCAUUGAUACCGCUGCACUUGUGAUAAUUUUUACUGUAAACUGUGCUUAGCCUGUCAUUUUUUUACCAUUGACAAUUUCCUAAGAUACAGAUUCGUAAAAGUAUAACACUGGAAAAAUGUGUUUGAAGAUAAGCAUGAUUAUGCUAAUAAAAUAUUUAUUGAUAAAAUAAAAAAACAUCCUGACUGUCAA